GUCAUUAAUUUAUCGCCAACCACGAACUUUUCCCACCUUGCCUGUAAAAUAUUUAUUUUAGACAUCAUCUUUUUCUUCAUCAAACUUUUAAAUUCUUUGUUUCAUGUGAAUACAGUUAUAUACCGGAUCAACAACGACCUACUAUCCUGACGAACAGGUUC